AUGCCAGAACCAGCACCAGAGCCAGUGCCACAACCAGAGCUAGUGCUGGAACAAGAAUCAGAUCCAGAGCCAGUUCCAGAAUUGGCGCCAGAGGCUGACGGGGUGGCCUCUGUCUCAGACAGCUAUGAAGACAUCACUGUCCCGCUGCCACUCAGCUAUGAAAAUGUUGUUGUCACGCUGCCGCCCGGCUAUGUAGACAUCAUUGUCCCACUGCCACCCAGCUAUGAUGAUGUCAUUGUCCCACUGCCAGCUGGCUAUGAAGAUGUUGUCAUCCUGCUGCUGCCUGGGUAUGAAGAUGUUGUGGUCCCACUGCCACCUGGCUAUGAAGAUGUCGUAAUCCUGCCACCAGGCCUUGACCAGGACAAGAGUGGUGCUCAAACGGAGGCUAUGGCCAAUCCAGAGCCCAAGCCCUGUCAAGAGCUUGAGCCCACAUCCAGUCAAGAGCUUGAGCCCACAUCCAGUCCAGAACUAGAGCCCAUGUCCAGUCCAGAGUCCAAGUCAUAUCCAGAGCUUGAGCCCAUAUCCAAUUCUGAGUCCAAGUCAUGUCCUGAGCCCAAACCCAUGUCCAGUCCAGAGCCCAAGCCCCCACCUGAGCCAAGAAUCCGGUGCCACAUCGGCACAGCACAGCACACUGAUGGCACAGCAUCCACUACAACAGCUUCAAGAAAUGUCUGCUCCUGCACAACCCCCUCCACCUAUCGCUUCUCCAGCUCCUACUCCAGCCCUCGUCAGAGAGCCGAGACUUCCUGCCCCACAGCCAUACGAUGGAGAACCAGGGAUCCUGCAGGAGCUGAGGAUCUUCCGAUCACUUCCUGCAAGAAGCCGUGA